GGCGCCCGUCUGGGCGGGUGGUACCUGGUGCUGGUGGCCGCGGCGCUUUCUGGUACAGCGUGCGGGUGGUGGCUGCGGGCUUUGGGCUGGGAUGAGCCGCGCUCCCGGCGGAGGCAGGGGAGCUGAGCCGGAGCCAUGGCCACUACAGUGGUAGCAGUUGGACUGACCAUUGCUGCUGCAGGAUUUGCAGGCCGUUAUGUUUUGCAAGCUAUGAAGCAUAUGGAGCCUCAAGUAAAACAAGUUUUUCAAAGUCUACCAAAAUCUGCCUUCAGUGGUGGCUAUUACAGAGGUGGGUUUGAACCCAAAAUGACAAAACGGGAAGCAGCAUUAAUACUAGGCGUAAGCCCUACUGCCAAUAAAGGAAAAAUAAGAGAUGCUCAUCGACGAAUUAUGCUUUUAAAUCACCCAGACAAGGGAGGAUCUCCUUAUAUAGCAGCCAAAAUCAACGAAGCUAAAGAUUUACUGGAAGGUCAAGCUAAAAAAUGAAGUAAAUGUAUGAUGAGUUUUAAGUUCUUCUUAGUUUAUGUAUAUGAGUACCAGCUUUUUAUAAUAAAAAGCCUCGAAGCUACAAAUUUUAAAAAUGAUUUAGCGUGAGCUAAAUCAAAGCCUUGGUAUAAGAGAUUAAUACUCAAUAAUUAUGGAUAAAUACAUACCAUUUGAAUAGAAAUAUUGUUCAUUACUCACUUAGCAAAUAAUUUGGUACCUACUUCAAGGCAAAGUGAACAGGACAGUCUGCUUUCAAAGAACCUCCACUCUCAUGGGAGACUGAUAAACUGGUAAUUAAAGUACAAUAUGUGAUAAAUAUUAUGAUAGAAUUAGCACAGACUGUUACAGUAGGGACUCAUCUCAGGGAGGAAAGGCUGUUAAGGUACAAAGAACUGGCCCAGCUGCUUGGAACCUUGAAUUUAAGUGAAUUUAACCACAACUUUGACUAAGAAAUUGGCGUAGGUAUGUGUAUAUCCCUGCCAGCACUCAGAUUUCAUACAUUAAAAACUGAAACAGUAUGAUAAAA